AUGGACCACAGUUUGUCCCAAUCGGAAUCAGCUUCGAUGGAGCAUUUGCUGCAGUUGUUGCAGCAGCAGCAACAAGUGGAAGUGCAACGACAGUUGCACUUCCUCUAUGAGGAGCUGCAAAAAAAACAGCCGCCGCAGGAGCAGACGCCGCAAGAGCAGCCGCUACAAGAGCAGCCGCUGCAGGAGCAGCAGCAGCAGCAGCAGCAGCAGGAGCAGCCGCAGCAGGAGCAGCCGCAGGAGCAACCGCAACAGCAGCAAAUAUCGCUCUCUAGUGUACUUUGUAAUGUGCUUGACGUAUGCGCACCUGCCCGUGCUUUUGUGGUCAGGAGGCCACCAGUGCGAUGGCUGAUUGACGAUCUGAAAAGUCGUCUUCGUGCUCGUAACAAUCUGUACAAGCAGGCUAAGCAUUCAAACAGCCUGCUUGGUUACUUAAGAUAUAGACAUUUAGGAAUCAGCUAA